AUGUUCUGCAAUGAACAAGUUGCACUUGCUGUACAGUGGUAUAUGAAGCAGACAUCCAAGUUGGCCAUAAUGCUCAGAGAGAUGUUCAAAGUGGCCUACCUAGAUGAUUUUGAGAUCUAUCAAAAGGCCUUUAAGGCAGGCAUCUGGGAGGUGGCAGACCUGGGCCCCUGGCCAGGGCAUGCAAUUGCCUGGAAGCUGAAUGUCUUACCUCACUAUAAUAGGCUUGAUGGUAGCCCUAUGGUAAUAUUUUGCUUGAGCCACUUUUCAGGGGGUGAGGCCUACUUAACAGAUCUCAAGUUCAAACUUCAGGCUGGAGACCUCUACCAUGCUGUUGGCUCUUGGAAGGCUGAAGGUGGUAUUACCACAUGGGGCAUGCCUGGCUGCAUUGGAAAUGAAAGCUGGUUGGAUGAGACAUAUUGCUGGAGGUGCCUUACCCAGCUCUGA